CAGCAACAUUAACAAACCUGAAAUGGCCACUAAAACAGCCGAAAAAAUUUUGAUUCCAACAUAUGAACCUAUAAUAAAGGUUUAUUUGAAAAGAUGGCUGAUACUAUUGAUGUACAUUGUGACCGGAAUUCUAAGUACCUUCCAUUGGGUCGAAUAUUCAAUCAUUAGUAAUAUUGUCACCAAGUACUAUCAUAUUAGUACCAGUGAGUCUAAUUGGACUUCGGUCGUUUUUGCUUUCGUAUGGCCAUUUACUAUGCUACCGACGUGUUACAUCAUAGAUAAAAUGGGUUUAAGAGUUGCGGCCCUCAUAGGAGCCUUCCUAACGCUGUUAGGAGCUGCAAUCAAAAUAUUUUCCAUAGGAGAAAACCUAUUUUGGGUUGUUAUGAUUGGACAGACUAUAGUGGCUGUUUCGCAGAUAUUCAUCUUGACUUUGCCAUCUAAACUAGCGGUUACGUGGUUUAAACCACAGGAAGUAUCUACAGCUUGUUCUCUAGGACUGUUUGGUUUAACAUUUGGCAGUGCUUUAGGUUUCGUAAUCCCACCGAUGAUAGUACAAGACAGUGAUAAUUUAGCCGAAAUUGGUAAUAACUUAAAGAUCAUCAGUUGGGGAUUAACAUUGGCAAUGGCACCAGUUACACUAGCUAUGUUCUUUUAUUUUGCAGCGGAACCUCCAUUUCCUCCAAGCCAAGCUAUGUUGGAAGAACGACAGAAUAGACAAACAGUUACAUUUUUGUCGUUUAUGAAAUCAAUAAAAAGUCUACUUCAAACCAAAUCUUUCCUGUUACAUAAUUUGUGCUAUGCUUGUAACGUAGGCAUUUAUUGUUCGAUUGGUACUUUACUGAACCAAUUAAUUUUAAAUUAUUUUCCGGGAGAACAAGAAGAAGCUGGCCGAAUGGGACUUGUAAUGAUCCUAACAGGAAUGGUUGGGUCCAUUGUAACGGGUAUCGUCUUGGACAAAACCCACAAAUACAAGGAAACCGGAUUUGUUAUUUUUGUGUUAACUACUCUUUCCCUGGGAGGAUUAACGCUGUCGUUGGAGAUGAAAUCUAAAUGGAUGGUUUAUCUAGCGAUUGGUAUAUUUGGGUUCUUCUUAAAUGGUUAUUUGCCGGCAGGAAUCGAAUUCGCCAUAGAAAUGACGUUUCCAUCACCAGAGAGUACAGUAACCGGGAUACUCCUGACGACAUCACAAAUCUUGGCUUUUAUUCUCACCAUUAUUUUGGGCAUCAUCUUGGAACAAUGUGGUGCCUUAAUUUGUAUUAUAACGAUGAUUGCUGUAAUGGGUACUGGUUGUAUUCUAACUCUAUUUACCCCCAAUCAACUGAAGAGACAACAAGCGUUCAUGAAGGAUAGAAACAAUAUAGUUUCUUUUAUUCCUCUUAAACAAUAACACUGUUAUUAAGUAUUGUUGUUUUUUCUUCUAAUAGGCAAGUGUCAUCCACCCCUAAAAUUACUCGACUGUGACUACGGUUUUCUCAUGUCUGAAUGUAAUUUUGAAAAUUCUUUCAGUGCCGUUAAAAAGUUUUUCUUCAAACUUUUGGUAAAAUUGUCAAAAAAUAGUUAAAACGAAAAAAAAUCCUGAUUCUUUCUGAUAUUGAAGAAGAACUAAUUUUUAGUUAGGCGGGGUAUGAUUCACUAUUUUAAUUUCUUCGUUUUUAUGUAGAAUUGGUUUCUACGUAUUUGGGAGUCUUCGGACACCAUCUCUGGUAUUUAAAUUUUUUGGGUCUUUUUUAAUUUCCCUGAUUAAAUGUUGGGUCUUAUUUUCAAUGUUAGCUAACACGAAAUAUUAGCACACAACGAUGCCUAUAGUCUUUGUGAGUACGUAGAUGAAAUUACCUUUUUUGAUGAUAUUUUUUAAGAGGUGCAUUAGUAAAUUAUAUUUUUCGUAAUCAUCUACUGAAAUAUAAUUCUUUUUGCUGUAAAUAUAUUAAUACAUAGUUAUAGUCUUCGAGGACACACAAUGAAACUUAAUUUCGGCGACAUUUUUCAGAGUUAUGAUUUUCGUUGAAGUGUUCUUUUCUUUCAAGUCAUCAGCGAUUGAUCUGAAUAUUUACUGUAUAUCAAAUUUAUUUAUUGUUUUUAUAAUAUUUAAGUGAAAAUUUAAAGACACAUACUCUAAAGAAUAUACUGUCAAAAUUUGAAAAAUAAAUACAAACAAUUGCCUAGAUACAACGUAUUUAACCCUUUCGUCUACGAAUUGAUUUCUUUAAACUAAAAAUCUGAAAUUUGCAACAUAGCGAGAAUGAUUUUUUGCGAAGUUUUGAUAUUAGUUUUAGAUUUUUAAAAUGCACAGUUUGGGCACCACAAGUCCACCACAUGUCAUCAUUUUAGAACAUCGUGAACCAACGUAGUAAAAAUAUUAGAUAAUUUUUUUAAAUACUGAUAAAAACAAAACAACUAAGGUGUCUUAUUCAAUGAGUAAUCUAUGGUAUCUUACAAAACAAUUUUUGUACUUAUACAGAGAUGAACAUUGUAUCUGUCGCAUGUAAUUCGUGAUUUGCCCUUACAACCAGGCAAUUUACAUCUGGAUGCAUUAGGUGUAUUAUCGUGUAUUGGCCAAUGGCACAUUUAAUAUUAGAUAACACUUCUUCUUCUUCUUCUUCUUCUUCGAUCAACCGCAAGAACUCCUUAUCGGUUAAAGACCUUCUUGAACUCAUUUUUCUAGUCAUAUUCUAAAAUAUUUAAAUUUUUUACACUAUGCAAUAAAAUAAAGAGGUUAUAUUUACCUAAAAAUUAAUUUUUUCGUUGACUUACAACCAACGUCUACAAACAAGUACACGUGUUUAGAAAAUCCGUGGUAGCUAAUUUUAAGCAAAACCGCCAAUAACAAUAGUUUUUAACAAAUUAGACUUGCUAUACUAUAUUUAUCAAUACCAUGCGACACAUGCAAUACCAAUUGUUUACAUUUAUAACGAAAGAAACUCAAAUGAGUAACUAUAGAAGCCUAUAUUUCAACAAAUUAAAUAUUUUGUUCGAAAGCCGUUAGAUGGCAGCACAAGUACCUAUUGUGUGGAAUAGAAUGUCCAUCAUUAGGGACAAUGUGUUGCAACAAGGGUAAAAAUAAAUGGAGCUACAUAAAAAAAUAUAUCGAAUAGGUUGUCCUCAAUUCAGGACACGGUGAACAAAAGGGUUAACAUAAAAAAAACUAUCAAAAACUUUUUUCCUAUUUCUGGUUCAGCGACUUCAGAAAUACAAAAGAAACCUAUUGUAUUUUUUAGACAAACUUUAUAACGAUGUGCUAAUAUUUCAUAUUAUUAAGCGAUUCUUGAGGUGUGUCACUUGCCUAUUCUUUAGUUUUUUACUGAUAUGUGUGAAUCUUUGUUGCUCUUAUAAUUUGCUCUUUUUCGCAAAUUAUCAGCAACUCUUGUAUCGUCUAUAAUUUUUCUGUGGCCUUUGUGUAUUUAUGCCAUUGGUUUUUGAUGUGCAAUGUAUAAUCAUUCCUUAAGACAUUUUUUUCUUAUUAUUUUUUCUAGUUUUUGUAUAUAUUUAUUUUUCUUCUGUACUGUCAUCAAUUUCGUUUUCUGUCUCUUUCGUUUAUACUUAUUAUUGUUAUGAUUUACCCAUGAGUAUAAGAAUUUGUCAUAAAUACAUAAUAUGAAUUUUGCUUAUAUAAAUACAUAAUUUUCUUGAAGUUUUUUUAAAUGCUUCGUUAUUCUAACAAUAGUAUGUUUAAUUAAGUGUCUUUGGCUUAAAUUGAUUGUUUGUUAUUCUUAGUCCAUUUUUUAUCUCAUAGUUGGUCGACAUCUCCGUUUUUUAAUACGAUCUCUA